CCUGGACGAUGUGCAGGUAGCCCGGGGCUCUGCUAACACCAACUCUGGUCUAUGCCAACUCUCUGGUCCUCACUACCCUCGGUUGCUCGCGUACAGUGUUCACUCUCCCAUGCCAGUGUAUCUCUGCGCGCACGAUACCCGACUAGACCAACGAAAACGUGUCAGAGACGGAGCCUGAGUGCCUUCAGCUCUUUGGUGGAUGAGGGGGCAAACUUGUCUGCUGCGGAACGAGAGUGGCUUCAAGAGGAUGACUUGGCUCCAGACACAUCACCCGCCCUUCCCAGCAACGCGCCCAGAUACGACUGGAGGUUGAGAGCGCGAUCGCGUGUGCGACAAGCCUCUGCGCCCCUCGCUCCCGAGGGAUCGAGUCCACGGCGCGCCCUUAAGCGCAUACAUCCGCCCCAUGUGGAGAUUUUCCCGGGAGAGCCAUUCCAUGAUGAGAUACAGGCGUACAAAGAGCACUUCUUACCUUUACUAGAUGCGGAGCAGAAGGAAGACGAAGCUAUCCUGAAAGAACGGCUGUCCAACUGGCCCCUCGAUCGCCUCAAGGAAGAAGGAUACUGCUUAACCGGACUGUCCGCGUUUUGGCUCAAAGCCACCCAGUUUGGCCGGCCGGUAGCGGCGUUUCUGUUGGGUCCUGGCAUUGCACUCCCAGACCAUCGGUUCGAUAAUGGCACGCAAGUGCUGGUAUCCCGCCUUGACCCCCUGCAAGAGAAGCCUCUCCAAGGUAGCGUGGUAUCUCACACGACCACCCAGAUCCGUGUCGCCUUCCCAGAGCUAUACGAUCUUGACGAGAGCGCCUGGCGACUCGAUGUCGGCUACACGAAUGUCAUCUACGAGCGCAUGCGGACGGCCAUUGGCAGUCUCGUUCACGAUCCGGCGCUGCUGGAGAAAGAGUCCGACACCUCCGCAUCGGACCGGCAGCUGAUUCUGCAAGGCACACACCUCCGUGACAAGCUCCUGCGCUCCUUUGCCUCCGACGAGGAUGUCAAUCAGUUACAGCCUCCGCGUGCAGAAGACGGAGCCAAGGACGACGAAGAUCUCAGUUUCCUCUCCGCCGACAUGCGGAUCCACAGCUGGAUCCAGCGCUACAGCCGCCCUAACCCCGUGGUAGUCGAGGGGGAUCCCGUCCUGUCCGGGCUGAACCCGACGCAGAUACGCGCCAUCGCGCUCAUGGUGGGGAAGCGGAUGAGUCUCGUGCAGGGUCCGCCAGGGACGGGCAAGACCAAGACCAUCAUCGAAGCGGUGAAGCUUCUCAAGGUGCACUGGCAGAUCCCGCAGCCGGUGCUGGUGUGCACGUUCACGAACGUCGCGGUGGAUAAUCUGGUGGAGGGGCUUGCGCGCGCGGGCGUGCGGCCGCUGCGGGUGGGCUACGGGAAGGUGCGCACGGCGCUGCACGCGCACACGCUCGAGGAGCAGCUGCAGGAGCACCGGCUCCGGAAGGAGGUGGACGCGCUCGCGAAGGAGGUGGACGAGCUGCGCGAGCAGCUGGGCGCGCUGAGGGGGCGGAUUGUGAAUGCGAUGGGGGCGGGGCGGGAGGCCACGGAGAAGAAGGACGCGCAGUUGAAGGCGAUGGAGAAGGCUGCGGUGAGGAUGGAGAGGAAGGCGAGGAAGGCGAGCGCGAAGAGGUAUGCGAUGAGCCAGGAGAUGCUGUGGGAUAUUGUGACUUCUGCGGACGUGGUGUGCACGACGUGUGUCACUUCGGCAUGCGCGGCGCUGAAUAUUAUCGAUUUUCCGAUGGUGUUUCUCGACGAGGCGUCCAUGUCGACUGAGCCUGCGUCGCUGAUUCCCAUCAUGAAAGGCUCGCAGCAGGUUGCGCUCAUUGGUGAUCAUAAGCAGCUGCCCCCGGUGAUUACAAGUGCGGAAGCGCAGUCGAUGGGUUUGGGAGUGAGUCUCUUCGAGAGGCUUACUGAGGAACGACAUGUUCCUUCCAUCAUGCUGGACGUCCAGUACCGGAUGCACCCCGCGAUCUCGCGUUUCCCGUCGAUCGAGUUUUACCAGUUCUCUGUGCAGGAUGGUACGGUGGAGUCUGAUGGGUCAGUGCAUCCCCGAUUGCUGCCACCGGCGUCGAGUCAUUUGCAAGAUCACCCCGAGACGGGGCGUCGGCCGUCGGUGAUCUUCCUGGACCACGCGGGGUCGGAGACGUUGAAGCAUCGCAGCCGGGUGAACUGGACGGAGGCGGGGAUCGUGUGCAGCAUUGUGGAAGACCUGCUGCUGCAGAACGCGGGCCUGCGCGGGGAGGACAUUGGGAUCAUCGCGCCGUACGCGGCGCAGAUCUCGCUGCUGACGCGGCUGUUGCGCACGGACCACCGGUACCGGACGCGGUUCACGGCGGUGCUGGGGGAGCAGCGCGCGAUGCAGCUGGCGCAUGUGGAGAUCAAGACGGUGGACGGGUUCGAGGGGCGCGAGAAGGAGGUGAUUGUGUUCUCGACGGUGCGGAAUAACGCGCGCGGGCACAUUGGGUUCCUGGGGGACCGGCGCCGGCUGAAUGUGGGGCUGACGCGGGCGAAGAGGGGGUUGUUUGUGGUGGGGAGCCUGAGCACGCUGCGGGAGGGGAAGGUGAGCGGGUGGGAGGGCGGGGGGAAUGUGAGGGUGGGGAAGGGGGCGGAGGCGUGGCGGCGGUAUGCGAAGUUUUUGAGCGAGGAGGGGUUGGUUGUGCGGCUGAGCGGGGAGCGGCUGAGGAAGACGCUGUACGGGAAUAUUACCGACGCUGAUGUGCUGAAGCGGGUUUACUGAGAUCUAUUGGUGUAAAUUAUGGUAUAUACGAGUGUUAUGUUACGGUGUAUUCGGAUUGGGCGUUUCAUGUGCUGG